AUUUGAAUGGUAUCUUAGGUUAGGUUAAAAUAAAUAAAACAUUUACUCAAAAAAGUAAAUACUAAAUCAAAAUUUUUGAAUAAUCUCGAACAUUUAACCUGCCUUUAAAAUGUCUUUAACCAACAAAGUUUUAUUACCAACGCAGCUGCCAUUUCUAAUAGCCAAACGAUUUCGUGGUAAGAUCAAUAUCCAAAGACCGAAGAAACCCCACUUUGAGAGACAGCUGUUGCUUGAUUUAGCGAAGCCUGUGUAUGGUACUCCCAAAUACAAGUUACCCGAAGUAGCCCUCUGCGAUAGAGGAGAGAAAAGGAAGACUAAAGAGAUCGAUAAUCCUUUUGAAAGAAUUUUGGCUAAUGAAUGCCUCAACUGGUUUAACACAUCGAAAAUGGUUAUAUUCUUACAUCUGAAUUCCAUCAGUAUGGAGGAUAAAACUCCAAUUUUCGCCGCUUUAGCCAAGAAUGAUAUGCAUUUGAGAUGUUACGGUAAAAAGAUAAUUAGCAUGGCUACUACAGGCACACGCUAUGAAGCUGUGAAUCACUUGUUCACCUCACAUCAGAACAUUAUAUUUGGACAACCUGAAAAAAUUGUUACACUGUUUAAAAUCAUGAAGAAAGCACCUCAACUUAUUGUUAUGGCUGGUAUUAUACAGGACAGACUCAUGUCCAAGAAUGAACUCGUUGAGUACAGUCAAAUGCAAAACAUUGAUGUGGCGAGGAGUCAAUUGUGUGCAGUCCUGGACAGCGCCGGCUCUUCUCUAGUCAGACAGCUAACUCAGGGUCAACAGACCUUAGUAGGUCACCUUGAAAAACAUGUGGAACUAAAUAAUGCUUCCAGUGAAGCACCAAAGGAUAAGACUCAAACCGAACCAAGCCAACCAACCAUGGUUGAUCCAUGAAAUAGAAAUUAUUGCAGCAGAAAUUCAUGUGUAUAGUAUUUAAGGUUACAAAAAUAUAGUGUAGUUCAUUGCAUUUGUGUUUGUUCAAUUGUAUGAAAUAAAUUAUUAUUGGUGUCUUUAGCUAGACAUCAUGUCACUGAGA